UCAAAAUUAACUGAAUUUUUCAUUAAAAAUUGUAAUUAUAAUGAUAAUGAAUUGUCAUCAGAAUAUCGAAAUCAAUUCAUUAAAUUCUAUCGAAAAUCUCGUUUUAUUGCCACUAUUUCUUAUCGAAUUUUCACUAUCGGAAUAUUGGCCAUUAGUUUUGCAGCAUAUUUUUUUUCCUUACAUUUAUACAAGUGUGGUCAAAUCAAUUUGAUUAAAUUAUUAAUAUCAGCAAUAUUUUUCUUCUUUUUCAAUUGUCGAUCCAUCUUUUUAAUUGGUGAUUCAUUAAUGAUGUUAAUCAACAUAGUAGAGCAAAAAAUUUUCUGGUAUCAAUUCCAUUAUGAUUAUGUUUAUCUCUAUAGUUCUACUAAACAAUUUAAUUUAACACUUCGAGAUAUAUUAUUAUUUCUCGAAAUGAUGUCCAAAUCUUUGGUUGUAAUUUGUUUAUUAUUCUAUUCAUCAAACUAAAAUGCAUAUGCAUAACACACUCAUCACAUUCAUAUUCAUAGCAUUAUUCUGUCUAAUAAGCAGUCUCAAUUUUCUUAUCGCCGAUAUACCAUCAUAUAA